AUGGCGGAAAGUGGUCUAAAAAAAGUGGGGGAUUGUCCUUCAAAGGUUACUUCUGGGGCAAAUAAGAUUCCUAUUGCUACUUCGUCAGAUCCUGUACCAAAGAGUGCCACUUCUUCUUCUGGCUCUAGCACUGGUCAAAAUUGUCUGUAUGCUCUUGCCACCUGCCAGGAUUCUGAAGCAUUUUCUAGUGUUGUUACUGGUGAUGCUGGUGUUUGGGAAGCAAUUGUGCGUGCCUAUGAGAAGGAAUACAUUUUCCUUGGUGAAGCUGCUCAUGUCAUGGUCCAAAAUGUUAAUUAUGAGAUUCAGGGAAUAAAUGCGAGGUCGGAACUUUUGGAAACUGCCACUAAAUCUCUUCCAAGCACAUUUAGCAGAUUCUUGGAAGUACUUAAUGGUGAUUCUGCACGGGCUAUUGAGUUCUACUCAGAUUUUGUCAAAGAUGCUCAUACGGAAAAGAAUAAAACUGUAGCAGUUGUGUUACCAAAUCUGAGGAGUGCUCGUGAAAGGCCUCCCUCGAUGGAUGUCUCCAUUAGCCCUGAAGUUCUGGAAGUUAUGAAAGCUCAGGCAGGCUAUAAUGGCAUAAGUCAAAUAACUGUAGAAACUGACAUUGCAGCUGAUGGGAUUGACUGAGAUAUUACUUUACAUAGCUCUCAAAUUGAUUCAGACAUUGGCACUAUGGAAGAAACAGAAGGAAACGGAAAUGGUUUGGGCCCCUAUGAGAUUGUUAAUGCUAGCGAUAUUAUGUUGUCUCCUUGUAAUGAUGAUGUAGAAUCUCAUUGAACCUCUAAGGAUGAAGGUUUCCCAGCUCCUGAGGUCUCUGCAUCAGAAAUCUCUUGGGAUAUUAGUGUUGACAAUCCUCAAGUUGAUGUGUUUAAAGAAGACAGUUCACAAAAUAAGGAAUUGCAUUCUCUUCAAAAUAAUUUACCUGCAGACUCAGUAGCUAUCCAUGACAGGAGUCCUCUACUGGAGACGGAGUACAGGAAUAAGAUACUUGAUGACUUAUUUGAGGUGAAGGCCUUCUUGAAUCAGUGGUUAAUUGAGCUAAGGAACGAAAAUACUACAUCUUUACAACAUCAAGUCCAGGCAGUUGCUCCACUUGUUCUGCAGCAGUACUCUUCUGAUAUAAUUCAGACGAUGCUAUCUGACAUUUCCUCAGCAAUUUCAUUGCUUACAAAUAUGAAAACAAGGGAUAUGAUCAUGAUCCUCAAAUCCAAAAGAUUUUUGGAUCGGUUGGUCAACACUAUGGAGGAGAAAAACCAUCAGGAAGCCAAGUUAAAGGAUGGAUUGAAGGAAUUGUCUUGUAGGCAUAUGGAACUUCAGAAUUCGAUGUCUUCAUCCUGGCCAAAACAAGAAGCAGCUGUUGCCAAGACCAGGGAACUGAAGAAAGUUUGUGAGAGUACACUUUAAUCCAAGGUUGAUGGACGGCCCGUGAAUAUCAUAGGAGAGAUUAAUAGAUUGUUGAUUAGUAACUAGUGUUACAAGGCUGGAGCAACUCUUAUACAUCUUGUAGGUUUUAUUAUUGUUGAUACCGUACAAAUUAGAAGUACACAGUUGGACCUGACAUUCGCAAAAACAUAAUCAGGGUACAUUUUUCUCGCUUUGAACCAAUAGACGUAUAAAUAAUCAAUGCUUUGUGUUCCCCUGGAA